UGAAAUUUUGGCAAAUCUUUUUCCCUCACCUAUAGAGCAUCAUGGGUCAAAAAAUACUUUGGCUUGCCAUAGCGAUCGCAUUGCUGUCUCUUGGAUUCUCGGACGGUCUGAAGGCAAAGUGUGACAAGAGGCCUACGCUGACGGGACCCUGUAAGCAUUAUAAAGCUAGGUGGUUCUACUCCAGCAGCCUCAAGGAGUGCAUCAUGUUCCACUGGGGUGGUUGCAACAGAACGGAGAAUUUCUUCGAUAAUGGAGGCGACUGCGAAACACUGUGCAUGGGUUUGGGCGAGGUUAAGUUCACUGAGUAACUCGGUCGUCCGACUUCUGCCCUGCCAAAGUAAUCAAAAGUAAUCAAGGCGAAAUUUAAAAGAAUCUACAAUGAAAUUUCUGUAUGGAUUGAUCUUUGUUUCGUUUUUGUUUGUGGCUGGGAUCUGGGCGUACAAUGCGCGGAAUUGCGAUGAUGUGCCCAGUCAAACUGGACCCUGCAAGGCAUCGUUUCAAAUGUGGCACUUCAUCAAGAAGCAGCUAAAAUGCGAGUCCUUCACCUACGGAGGAUGUUACAGCACGCAAAAUAUAUUCGAACUGGAGUCGGAGUGCAAAGAGCAAUGUUUGAGCUAAGGACAAAUUUUAUAUGGAAAACCCUUUAAUGCCCUCCAAGGACGGACGUCUGUUGUAUUCCACAAAAUAAAACUUUCGAGCUGCCGUUAAGUUUCUGACAAUUUCCAUUCUCGCCCAAAAUAUG